AUGGCCUUCUCGACCUUUCUAAUCAAUUUCGUUUUCACUCUCUGGGCAAGCAUACAGAGACGUGAUACCAUCAUUGACGGCGUCGGUAUUCUCCUCGAUACGAACUGUUCAACCAUCAGAAUGCUGAAUAUCGGGAUCCAUAUUUUGAUCAACGUUCUUGGCAUCAUUCUUCUUGCAGGUAGUAAUUACUGUAUGCAGUGCUUGAUGGCACCAACCCGACCAGAGAUCGACGAUGCACACGCAAGACAACAUUGGCUCGAUGUCGGGGUUGCUAGUCUUCGAAACUUUUGGAGCAUAACAUGGAAGAAGAAGAUUGUCUGGGUGUUACUUGCAGCUUCGUCUCUUCCAUUACAUCUGGUCUCGACCUCGAUGAACAACUACAGCGUCUUAAGUACGAAUGCGUACAUUUCAAAGAACGAAACCGAAAGCAUAGUCAGCAGCGCUGAGUGGAAGAGCAUAUACGCAGGCUUUCUUGGCGACAACGUGGAGAAAAUGGAUGCAACACCUUGUAUGGACGCCUAUCGAGUCGCCUUCCAGUCCUCGCGAGGAAAUUUACUCAUUGUCUCUGAUGAUAAGAAGGACGAAAAUCGCACCCAAAAGAUUGCCGGCAUACUCGCUGGCAACUCGACAUGCGAAGAUUAUCUACGCGAAUUGCGGCCCAAGUCGGAAGGCUGGAAGCCGCUAGGCUCAAGCGUCAAGGAAUGUUACAGCCAAAAGACUGAAGAGCAUUGCAAGCUCAUAUUCAGUAGCACCCUCUGCUGGACUGUGACGGCUUUCAACUUUGCCAAAGGCGUCUUGAUGCUCUUCGUCGCCUUCGGGAUGGGUGAGGAAGACCCUCUAAUGACCAUCGGAGAUGCAGUGGCCUCUUUCCUCGAGAAUCAGGACGAGUCGACUGCAGAUAUGUGCCUCAAGUCGAAGGACCACUUUGUUGCCCAACAUUGGUCCAAAGGUCCGAUACAAUAUGAUCUCAAACCGCAACGGAAGUCUGUCGCGGUCACGCUUGGAGGGUGGUUUAUGUGUUUCUUGUUGUACUUUGGACUGAUUAUCGUCUGUGCAAGCUUGCUGGUUGGAGGCCUGAAUCACAUGUCUGGUGGCGGCGAUAUUAUCAAGCUUGGACUCGGCGCCAUGCAGACCAAGACCAUCCUGAACAGGAGCGACCUGGGCCAAGGAUCUAUACUUGGCAAUAUUAUGCUUGUCAACACGCCUCAAAUUAUUCUUUCGCUCAUUUACUUCACUUACAAUGCCCAAUACACCAGCAUAUCCCUGGUUACGGAAUGGGACAGGUUCGGCAACGAUAAGGAGGCAAAGAGCCUUCGCGUCUCGUCGACACGCAAAGGGGACCAGCGAGAUACCUACUUCCUUCAACUGCCGUACCGCUACUCCCUCCCUCUUGUAAUAUUCUCAGGUGGACUUCACUGGCUCAUUUCUCAGAGCUUUUUUCUCGUCAACCUGGAGGUAUAUGUUCCUUCAGCUGAUGGCAAGUCUAUGGUGCGAUUAGUCGAGGGAAACUCGUUUGCCGGCGUGACAGCCUGCGGAUGGUCACCACUCGGGGUCUUGUGCGUUCUCGUGGUAAUCAUCGUCACGAUGGGCUUUCUCAUCGUCGCGGAGAGACGUCGUUUGCGAUUCGGGGUCAUGCCCGUGGCGGGUAGUUGUAGCGCGGCCAUCUCUGCUGCUUGUCACCCCGACUCGGACGAGGGAAAGACAUGGGAGAAGGCUCUGCGACGGGGCAUGGUAGAUUCAUCUGUCGUCGGGCACUGUUCUUUUUCUUCUGGAUCAGUCUCGGCGCCCGUCCGUGGUCGCUUAUACUCGUGA